AUGCGCCCCCAUUCUGCUGCCGCGCCGCGGACGCAUGGUGCGGGCUGGCGACUUCUCGCGGCAGGGCGCAUACGCCGACGACUUCGGGCUCCCGCGGCUGAUCCAGGCUCUGAACCAGGGCGUGCGCGGCGACUUUGCGCGGGCCAUGUCUCGGGACACGGCUCUGGUGCGCCAAUUCGUGCUCCCGAACUCCCAGAGGCGCACAGUAAGUCGUUCCGUCGGCUGGAUAGUGCAGCUGAGCGAGGUGCGGAAAACCGAGUUUGGACGGUAUGUGGCGCAGCUGGUGAGCCGCGGGCAAGACGAGGAGGCCGUCCGGGGGGUUCUGCGUCUUCUGGGCACCGAGUACGAGUUUCUGCACACUGCUGCGACGCUGGACGUCAUCUGUCGUUAUUUAUACGAUUGUGGCAGGUGGCGUGA